UACAAUUAGAAAAGAAGCUAUGAGAGGAAAGAUACUGACAGAAGAGGAGAGAACGAGGAGUACAAACGCACCGAGAGACGUCCAGAGUUGAGUUAUCGGUUGCUUUCUUGUACGGACGGUUGAUGGCGACGUGAUUCUGACACUCGUCUACCUCAGCAGCUCCUGUUGGAAAACUGCGAAUCAACUCUACCUCUAACAUCAUACCUCCAACAUGAGCGGUGACAGGGGGAAAUACAGGCCCGAAGGGAACCACGGAGAUGGACAGACACCCAAUGUCAAACCCAAGCUUGUCCAGAAAGAAAGGAACAGCAAGGAGGACUACUUUAAGAAGGAGAAGCCUGCAAAAGUGAGGAGGUCGAGGAGUACCGACUCGGAGAGGUUGGAACGAGGCAGGAGGAGGGAACGAGACAGGCACCAUGGAGAGAGGAGGCAGAGGGGGAGGAGUGAGGAGGCCCCGAGACAGAACAGGAAAGAGGGAGAGAGUGAUCGGAGGGAGGUGAGGCCUCCUGAAAAUGACGUGGAGGACACAGAGUGCGCCGUGUGCUUCUGCACAUACGAUAACGUCUUCAAGACCCCGAAACUGCUGGCGUGUGGGCACACCUUCUGUCUGGAGUGCCUCGCUCGCAUCAACGUGACCUCUCCAGAGCUCAAGACCCUGUCCUGCCCCGUGUGUCGUGAGCUGACCGAGCUCCCCCACGGCCAGGAUCUACCCCGCCUGGGCAACAACGUGGAUAUCAUACACAAACUCCCAGCAGACAUGCAGAGGGCACUGUCCAUCCGCUUCAAGCGCAGUAAGGGCAAACUACUCCUGAAGAACCCUCCUCCUACCAGCCCGGUAAAGACUAAUAUCAUCACCCUGCCUAAAAAGAAUCAGGAAGGCCAGGCGAUGACAGGUGGUGACGUCAACUUGGCCACAAUGGAGCAGGGAACAGCACCAACCACAGUGGUGGACGUAGGCAGGCCUCCGAGCAGGGUCAGAGGUCGCCUGCGCAGGUUGUUCCGCUCAGACCAGUGCUACUACGCCGUGGUGGGGUCCAUCAUCACCAUCACUGUGGCACUCAUGCUGGUGGGGAUUCUGGCUUUUGUGAUUAUACCGAACGUGGCCAUUCACCGGAGGCCUGAUCACGGUAACCAGACACACAGUCCACAAGGAACUGGUGCACCAACGCAAGGUGCAAGCCCCUGAUGGAGGGUGGACUAGGGUUUAGAGACGAGACUAAAAUGGAGGUGAGAGAAUAUUGGCGAAUGGAAAAAAUAAAUAAACAAAGCACUGGGGAACACUGUAGCUGACUUAAUGAUGAAAUGAAGGAAAACAAGGACGGCAACAUUUUUUAAACAAGGCUCAAGUUGCACAUGAAGGAGGAAGCCGGGGCAAAGUUGCAUUUUAGUUUUUGCUUUCUUGACCUUUGUGUUCUUUUUUUUUGAAGAUUACUGUGAAAAGACGGAAACAGUGUAAAGAAACGAAUAAGCUGUAAAUGUUGAAAUGCACUUAACUCUGUGAUAUGAAGUCAAUUCUGUUUAUAGACCAACUCAUUGUAAAUAGCCACAGAUGAUUUAUAUACUCCCCAAAUAUCAUGAAAUAAAGCAUUUUCUGAGACGCUGAAACAUAUUGUUUAGUAUUUCCAAAACUAAUCUGGAUUUUUAAAUUAUUUCGACAUUAGACGAUGAUAAAGUUGCUUGUAAAAACUCUUACUAUGUGCCUGACUGCACAGCAGUGCUGACUCUGUUCAUUUCCCUGAUUUGGGUUUUCUGUUGAGCCUAAACAGAUUUGUUGCCUAUUGCCUUUCGGAAACCUGCAGGAGUCCUUAAGACACCUGAUACCAUCUGGUGGGGUAAACAGAGCAGUUAACAGGGCGGCUUGGGUGCUGAAUUCUUUCACCUGCUUGAUCUGUUUGACAGCAUGAGCGUUGUUUUCAUUUUGUCUGACAGAAAAGGCGCAGCGCAAAGUUUGGAAAUGAGAUACGAGUUCACUUGUAGUGUGUCAGUCCAACUCUUUGGUUUGGUUUGGACAAAAUGUGACACCUGAAUCAGAAAAGUCAACAACAAACAGGACAACGUGAGAGAAGAAGAGCUGGGUCUAGUUAUAAGUCUGUCUUUACUGCAAUAUCCGAGCCUGUCUGAGUGUUCAGUGACCUUUAAGCUAAAAAUAACAGGAUACAUGUCGUAUUGGGAUGUGUUUUACAUGCCAUAAGUAUGCAAAACAGAUAAAUACAGACUUUUAGACUUACCACACUUGCAUGCACAGACAACAAGGAAAGUAACUCAUGUUCUGGCACUUGAGUUUUUCUACUUUAUUCAACUUUAAGUACUUUAAUUUGUGAUAUUUUUGCUGCACAUUUAGCUGAUAAUACUUGGAAUGCAGGAUUUUUACUUUGUUCCACCAGUGCCCAAAGACCCACCCACCUGACCCCCCUCCUGGACUAUCGAGGCAAAUAUGGUCGCAUGAACCCCGGGCAGAAAAGACGCCCCCUCCUCUAAUCCACUUCAUACGCAAAUUCACCUUUACGCGUUAUGUGACUGCUAUGAAACCUGAAAGAGAGCCAGUCUGUUGUGGGUAUUAUCGUCCACUAUGGCUUCUACACCCUCCGCCUCGGCCUUGUCCGCUGUCCUCCGGUGUCGUGGGAAUAUCUGGACUAGAAAUCCGUCGACCAAGCGGCCUGCCAGCUCGGUUUACAGCCUCGGAAUGGCCGGCGGUGUGUUGCGCGACUCGCCAGCUGAGCGCACCCGGUCAAACCAGGCGCCAGCGUGGGAGGCUUUUCUCCAAGGAGAGCGUGUUGUGGUGGGGAGAAGACUGAAUGUGGCGUGCAAGUCACCCCGGGUGGAUGGUAAAGUGCUGAGACAAAAAGAUUCAGGGGAAAUUAACAAAUUAUGUCAUACAAAACUUUCGCAAUCCCCAGGGGACGCGCGCUUGGACACAGCUGUGCCCGGUGUCCAAAACACGCUUGUGCGUCAACUUGUGUGCAGACUAACGUCUAACCUGCCUGGAAUAGAUAAAGUCUCUCAAAUAAUUCAAAUGAUUAAAUAUGAGACAUAUACUACACACAUCUGUAAAGUACUAUUUGUUCAAGAAAUCAGUGGAUUCCCUGCUGGUGUUUUAAAAGUGUCCAUAACGUCCCCGUGUUUGAUGGAAAAUGCAGGACAAAUACCGUGUUUGGUGUCAACUGGCUGGUCAAAAGUGAAGAGCACCUGCUUAUCUUUGACUGCUCUGGUGUCAGAGCUGAUGUUUCUGAAGCUGGGGGUGUUGUGUAGGUCCAACAGCUGCUCUGUUGAUGCACCACAGCAUCUGUGGAAGCAACAGGAUGAGGAAAACAUCAAAAAUAACACAGUGCAGGCAAAUGGACAAAUCCAAAGUUCCACUGACUUCACCUCAACCAAGGACGCCUCCAGCUCUGGACAAAGGGUCACAGAGGACAGACCUGACUGAGAGAGUCCAAGGCCUCAGAACCAAAAAUACACACUGUGAUCUCAACCUUAUUUAUUGACUUUUACUUGGCUUUCACAAAACACAGCUCACAUUUGGACUCCAACCCAGAAAACAAAGUGGUUGUUCAAGAACACUUCUCUUGCUUUGGCGCUCAAAGAAAACAAGACUGUAACAAUAAAUACCUGAAUCAUGAAACACAAGCCACGUUUGUAGUCUUACAUCUGACUUUGAAAGUAUUCAGGGCCUCCUGGUGGAUAGUUAAAAUAAUGGCAGAGUAUUUAAUUUUGAAGUCGCAAGCUGCUUAGUUUUUGCAAACUUUAUAAAACUAAAAGUUCAAGUGGAGUGAAAAAUACAAUCCCACCAUCUGACUUACAAGUAAAAUGGAAACACUUAAAUAACAGUUAAAGUACCUCAAAUUUACACUACAAUAAAAAGUUAUUAAAAGUUAUUCACUGUUUUACCAAACCUUACACAGGUAGACUGAAACCACUUUCACAUCUGUACGGCAAAUAUACUGUGACCAGCCGGUUAGCUUAGCUUAGCAUAAAGACUGGAAACAGAGGGAAACAGCUAGCUCACCUGGCUCCGACUAGAGAUAAUACUAUUAAAAAAACAAAA